GUCGAAGGCCUGAGAAAGCAGUUUAGAGAGCAAUUACAAGCAUAUAGAGCACCGGACUACUUAUAUAAGUUUACUGCUUUCGAAGCUAAUCCUGACAAAAACAGAUAUUUGGAUGUUGUCUGUUUGGAUGAAACAAGAGUUAAACUAACACUGGAUGUACCACCCAGUACAGACUAUAUCCAUGCAAAUUGGAUCAAGUUCGAAGGACAUGACAAAGUAUUCAUUGCAACUCAGGCUCCCCUUGAUAACACCAUUGAAGAUUUUUGGAGGAUGGUCUUUCAGGAAGGAUGUCCACAUAUUGUGAACCUGACUAAGUUACAAAAAUCUCAGGUAGAGUCCGAAGGAAGAUUUUUAAUAUACACCGUUGAAGUGCUACCAGAAGGCUGUUCUAAUUCCAAUAUAGUCAAGGUGCUCCACAUGACAAGUUGGCCAGAUCGUGGAUUACCAAUGAGCGGUCGACAUGUGCUACGGCUGAUUCGGCAAGUCAAUGGCGAUAAACUAGACAAUGGCCCUAUAGUUAUGCACUGUUCGGCUGGAAUCGGUCGUACUGGAGCCGUUAUUCUAAUUGACGUUAUUUUGCGUAAAUUGUUCAGUGCAAAGGAUAUUGAUAUGAUUGGCCUUUUCAAACACCUUCGGAAUCAGCGUGCUUCGUGUAUUCAGGUUGAAGGGCAAUACAUAUUUAUCAUCGUCAGCGUACUUGAUUAUAUUAAGAUAAAAUUGCCGAAAUACAAAGAUAAAGUGAACAAAUUCAUGGAUGACUUCAAAACUGCCUUGAUUGGAAAUCCUUCUUGA